GAAGAGGGGGGCAGUAUGUCUGGGCUGAGCGGGAACGGUAAGCUGCGGCAGUGGCUGAUCGAGCAGGUGGACGGGGGGCGGUAUGCGGGGCUGGUGUGGGAGGACAGCGGCAGGACGGUGUUCCGCAUCCCGUGGAAGCACGCCGGCAAGCAGGACUACAACCGGGACGAAGACGCCGCGCUAUUUAAGGCCUGGGCGCUGUUUAAGGGGAAAUACCGUGAGGGCAUCGACAAGCCGGAUCCUCCCACCUGGAAGACGCGCCUGCGCUGCGCGCUCAACAAGAGCAACGACUUCGAGGAGCUGGUGGAGAGGAGCCAGCUGGACACCUCUGACCCUUAUAAAGUUUAUCGGGUGAUCCCAGAGGGAAACAGGAGAACAUCCAAACCCUCUGACACCUCCACCACCAGCCCUCACAGCUACCCAGCUCACCCGCCAUACACACCGCUGCAGAGCCAGGUGUCUAACUACAUAUCUCUGGCUGAGAGAGCUUGGAGAGACUUGCUGCCAGAGCAGACUCAUAUUUCGGAUAUACACUCUGCCUUUAGCCAAAACAUGUACACUCCACACUGGGACAACGGUUACCAUAUCAGUGGCUCCUUCUAUAGCUGCAGUGCCUUUGACCCUGCUCCAUCCUCACUUAACUUAGAGCAGAGCUUACGAUCAGCGGAGGCUCUCGCACUCUCAGAUGCCAGGCUGCAGGUUAGUGUGUUCAGUGGAGAUUCUCUGGUCAGAGAAGUAACCGUUUUCAGUGUGGACGGCUGCAGAGUGGCUCCCUAUGAGGGGAACCAGCAUUACGGAGGCCCAGAGCUGGUGCUCCUCCCCCAGACUGAGGGUGGUGAGCUGGAUGGUGGUGUUCAGAUCUGGAUGUCCCCGGAAGGCCUGUGUGCUCGGCGUCUCUGCAACGCCAGGGUCUACUGGGAGGGAGCACACGCCCCUUACACUGACAAGCCAAACAAACUGGAGCGAGACCAGACCAGCAAGCUUCUGGACACUCAGCUAUUAAUUGAAGAGUUGCAAGCCUCUUUUGUUCAGGCACAUCCGCUGCCCCGAAGUCAGGUGCUGUUGUAUUUUGAGGAGUGUCACAACACCCAGAGGAGGCCAUUAACUGUGCAGGUGGAGCCAUUAUUUGCUCGUCAGAUUCUCAUUAUAUGCCAGCAGAGCAGCACCAAUCAGAUGAGGUCUCACGAGCUCACGCCACUGCUAUGGGACCCACUGCCCCACCAACAGCAGGACUACCUAGCAAGUAGUCUGCAUGAGCCCAAUGGAAACACCCUGCAGGACUGGACACCCUCUACCCAGUCUACAGGGCAGGGGAGACUCAAGAGAGACAGUGAGCUCAGUGACUAUUCUCUGAAGACAAGACUCAUCACAUAGAGGCAGAACACACAGCCUGUGAAUUUUAAAAGCAUUUCAAAAAUGUAAUCGAUCUGUUUAUAUUUUUACCUAUUUUAUUAUUGUCUUAAAAUGCUAAAAUGUUCCAGAAUUUUUCUUAUUAUUGUUAUUACUUUUUCCUCUGGGAAAAAAGCAGUUGUGUAGCCUAGACCAUACGCUGUAGAGAUAUGAAACUUGGUAGGCAGGAAGGUUAAGUGCAUUGUGAAAAAUCACACUAAUGUAUCAUUAAAACUUCAAAACCAUAGGACCUACAACUUAGCAACAUAUCAAAAUACUGAGCAUUCCUAUGAAUAAUUAUCAAAAAUGCUUCCAUAUGCAAAUCAAUCCUUCGGAAUUGAAACCAAAUUUACUUCAGCAGUUACGCCUAUGGAAUACUAAUGUUGAAUCCUUGUAUGAUGCUGAGGUGGGCUGUAAAUCUUAAAAGCAUUACCUAUCGGACAAGAUUUAAGUGAGGUUUGUAAACAGCUUUGUAAAUUAAAAUCCUGGACACCAUCA